CUGCCAGCUGCUCUGAUUUUUUUUCCCGCGAAAACUCGGCGUUUGGGAGUUGCGGGGCCGCGGGAGGCCGCGCCAGGGGCGGGCUCCUGCCUGGUGAUUGGCCGCCGCAGUGGCGGGAAGCGAGAAAGGGGGUGGGGGGCGCCCCCUCCUCCACCCACCCCCACUCCGCCCAGCGGGCCACGGCCCCGCCCAGCCCUGCGCGGUCUGCUGGGCGCACCCAGUGUGCGACCUGGCCCAGUGGCGGGAGCUGGGUACCCCCCCGACUCUGCGUGUCCCUCAGGAGCCCUAAGGACCCCCCGGGGCAGGGACCCCGGGUAGAGUCCCCCUGACCUUUUAAGUCCUUUUCCACAGCCUCUCUCCCGGGGCACGGGCAUGCGCUGACCAGUAGGGUAAGGAAGGCCGGAAUCAAUGUUUAAACACUGCAGUAGAAUGUGGGGGCCCCUCUCGAGACCGCCUGUACCCCGAUGGCCAGCCUGAUCGCCCCACGCUCCAUUUCCUGGCGUCAGGGCCUGCUAGAGCUCCCCACCCUACCCACCCGCAGGGCUUGUUUGCUGGGUUUUCCCGCCUCGUUUUCCCGCCUUCUCCCGCUGUCCAGGCGGGCAGGACUGCCCUGCCCCCUCCACCCUGCCUGCUCCGCUCUGGCCAGUCUUGGCGGGCACACAGUGACCCAUGCUGGGCACCUACAAAGUGCCUGGACACAGUGUUCGAGCUGGGGGGGCGGCAACAAUGGACAAGGCCAACCCUGUUGGUGGUCUCCAGAAGGGUAAUUUCUUCUCUGGAGAGACAGGCAAAAAAUGAGAAAAAGGGGUCAGGCUAUCAUUUCAUACACCAGUGAGGACUUUGGAUCCCAAGCUGUCCCACCCCUGCACAACAGCCUCAUCUCCCAUCCCGGCCACUAGGGACCCCCUUCCCAGAACGCUGGCUGGAUGAUGUCACAGACAGGUGACCUCACUGCGGCAAAGGAACCGGAAAUCUCAGUGGCAUGGGGGGGCAGGGAGAAUAUUUCUCUACCACCCCAACCCCCCAUGUCUGUGGUGAAGUCGAUCGAAUUAGUGUUGCCCAAGGAUGCAGUCUACCUAGCCGGCUCCAGCAUAAAAGGGCAGGUGGUUCUAAUCCUGAACAGCACCCUGGUGGACCCUAUUGUGAAGGUGGAGCUCGUGGGAAGGGGUUAUGUGGAGUGGAAUGAAGAAAUCGGGGCAUCCCGUGAUUAUAGCAGAGAUGUUAUUUGCAACAACAAGGCCGACUACGUGCACAAGAUGAAGACAUUCCCAGUAGAGGGUUCAGAUCCACGGUCUGGACAGACGUCAGGGAGGCUGAGCUGCCUGGGAGCCGCAUGUCCUUUCCAAAAUGUGUUCAUGGGAGUGUUCCCAGAUAAUUGGUUAAGUGCAGGCAGCCACACCUUUGACUUCCAUUUCAGCUUACCUCCCAGGCUUCCUUCUACCUUCGCCAGCAAAAUUGGCCACGUCUUCUACUUCGUGCAAGCCUCCUGCAUGGGCCGGGAGCAUAUUCUGGCGAAGAAGAGAAUGUACUUGUUGGUUCAAGGGACUUCGGAUUUCCACAAAGAAAACCCAUUGCAGAACCCUCUGUCGGUGGAGGCUGAGAAGAAGGUCUCCUACAACUGCUGCAGCCAGGGCACCAUCUGCCUCCAAAUCCAGAUGGACAAGAACACUUUUACGCCAGGGGAGAGGGUCAUUUUCACCACGGAGAUCCACAACCAGACCAGCAAGUGCAUCAAGACGGUCACCUUCGCCCUCUACGUCCACGUGCAAUAUGAGGGCUUCACCCCCGGUGCGGAGCGGCGGUCUCGGGUGGACAGCAGUGAGCUGCUUCGGCAGGAGGCCAACACUCAGAUCACGCCCUUCAACACCACCAAGAUCGUCAGCACCCUCAACCUCCCGCAGGUGCUGUCCGUGAGCAGCGGCAUGCGGGACGGCGAGAUCAUGAGUACCCACUACGAGCUGGUCAGCACGGUCCACCUGCCUUGGUCCCUGACCAGUGUGAAGGCCAAGGUUCCCAUCAUCAUCACCAGUGCCCCUGUGGACCCAGACAGCUGCCCACAGCUGGAGGGGGCAGCAUCUCCCGAGAGCCAGGAGUGCCAGAAUUAAGUGCCCAAACUUCUAAAUAUUAAAAGCUUUAUCAGA